CCUCACCCCCACCCCCGUCCAUGUCCUCGCGCCCCUGCUGCUCCCCACGCCGCCCGCGAUAAUCGCGAAGCUUUCCGAAUGGAGGUGACCGUCGUCGGGUAACUCGUCGUCCGCCCGCCCGCUUCCGCCAUGAGCCCGUGAUUCCUAGGAUAGGAUAGGAGAUUGUCCGGGGUUCCGGAUUUGGUUCAGAUUUGUGGGCGUGUUCCCGCGGGGGAACUGAUGGUGGGUUACAUGGAGUGGUCGCACGACUGGCUGCUGUGGGACGCCUUCUUGGAAUGCGGAGGGAUCCGGAGGCCGCCGAUUAGAUAGCGGCCGGGGAGGAGGGAGGAGCGGAGGACCAGGAGGAGGCCGCCAUUAGUAGCACCCACCCACCACCCCGACUCGCCACCCAUGGGGGAGGACCUCGUCACCACCCUGUCCAUGGAGAACGGCGGCGGCGGCGGCGGGGGCCACCACGGCCUCUGCACCCUGCUCUCCAUGGACCCCUCCGGCCACCUCGACGACCGCGCCGUCGGCGUCAUGGUGCAGCCCCGCGUCGGAGCGGGCGCGCGCGCCCACGCCGUGUCCCUCUCCGGCGCCCCGCCGCCCGACAUCAACCAGCCGUGGCAGACGGAGCCCUGCGACAUGCUCGGCGUCGGCCUCGGCCCGCAGGUCUUCGACGCCGAGGCCGUGCUCAGCACCGCCCCCAAGGCUGCCGCCGGGAGCCGCAAGACCACCAAGCGCGGGGACAGCAUCUGGGGCGCCUGGUUCUUCUUCACUUUCUACUUCAAGCCCCUGCUGUCGGACAAGGGCAAGAGCAAGGUCGUCCGGGACGCCAACGGCGUGUCGGGGUUCGACAAGACGGACCUCCGCCUCGACAUGUUCCUGGUGCAGCACGACAUGGAGAACAUGUACAUGUGGGUGUUCAAGGAGAGGCCGGACAAUGCCCUCGGCAAGAUGCAGCUGAGGAGCUACAUGAAUGGGCACUCACGCCCCGGCGAGCCGCAUUUCCCUUUCAGUGUCGACAGGGGAUUUGUCCGGUCGCACCGGAUGCAGCGCAAGCACUACCGGGGGCUCUCCAACCCGCAGUGUAUCCAUGGGAUUGAGGUGGUGAAUUCGCCGAAUCUCGUGGGCAUCACCGAUGUCGACCGGAGGAGGUGGGCGGAGCUUACAGGGAGGGACCUCAACUUCUCCAUCCCACAGGAGGCCAGUGAUUUUGGGACAUGGAGGACUAUGCCAAACUCAGAGCUUGAGCUGGAGAGGCCACACACUGCUACCGUCAAGAGCAAUAAUGUUCAGCAACAACCCCCAAAGAAGAUGCUUAAUGGAUCAGGCUUGAAUUUGUCAUCACCAUCCAAUCAUUCUGGAGAAGACGGUACGGAUCUCUCCCCUGUCAGCAGCAAGCGCCGGAAGGAGUCAUUUCCGCAUGCCAUGGACGAGGAGUGCUUCUUGCCUCUGAACCCUUGCACUGGGAGGACACAACAAGAUGUCGAGAUGCAGUCAGUAGUGCAGCCUUCGUGGCUUCACGACUUCACCGGGGUGAUGAGGAAGGCCUCUGGGCCAGCAACUGCUGCCAAGUCCAUUUACGAGGAUGAUCAGGGCUACUUAAUAAUGGUCACCUUACCAUUUGUUGAUCAGCAGAGGGUAAAGGUUUCGUGGAAGAACACUCCUACCCAUGGCAUAGUUAAAAUCUUUUGUGUUAGUACAGCCCGGAUGCCAUACAUAAGGAGACAUGACAGGGUCUUCAAGCUCACUGACGCUAUGCCUGAGCACUGCCCUCCUGGGGAGUUCAUCCGUGAAAUACCUCUAGCCACCCGUAUACCUGAAGGUGCCAAGCUUGAGGCAUACUUUGAUGAGGCUGCUGCAGUUCUUGAGAUCAUGGUCCCCAAACGGGGAAACGAACCUGAAGAACAUGAAGUUAGGGUCUCCAUGCGCCCUCCUCACCUUGGAGUCAACGACCUGCUUAUGACAUAGGUAAUGGAUGGUCUAUCUUGUUUGUGAUCACCAGAUCAUAUGCUCCAAGGGGCGAGAAGUUGGAACUGUUAGCAUCUUGUUCCGAGACUUGCUGUUGCUUAUUGUGCUAGGCCUCCUUCAGCAACAAGCUUGUGCUGAAGAUUAGUUUGUUCUAGCUUGUAUGUGACGGGUGUCUUUUUAACCCUCGUGUUCUCCUAGCAUAUCGUGGGCCUGUUUCUCCUUGAAUCUGUACCAAGUUCGGUUAACAGAAUAAAAUUUAUAUUGGGUGGGUUACUGCUCAAUUUUUUGGAUC